AUGGAAGCCUCACCAAGUGCUGGGCAAAUUUUUUCUACUGGUUUAAUUCCAACAUAUACUGUAAAUGGAGUUAAAAAAAAUAAUGAAAUUAAACCAAAUUCUUUUGUAGUACAAAAAAUGAAUAAUAAGCCAUUAAAUUAUCCAGUUUCUUUAAAUAAAAAUACAAUAUUAGAAAAUUCACAAACUUAUCAAGAUGUUCAAUGCAAUCAAUUUACAAAUUUACAACAAUGUAAUAGUACAUAUAAUAAUAAUGAUACUAUUUCUUUUAAUAACAAAUUAAUAAAUGAGGCAAAUCAAGAUACUUUAGAAAGAAAAAUAAAUCAAGUUGAACUAUUUAAUCCUACCAAAAAUAAUAAUCAAGUUACCACUUCUAAUAACCUUAAAAUAUCUAAUCAAUCAAAAACCAAUGAUAACAACUCUCAAUACAAAUUAGAGUUUAUUGUAAAAAAUGAUAAAUAUCAAUUUGUUAAACUAGAACAUGUAAUGUUAAGUAGUUAUGAUGUUUCAAUUAAAAUAAUGGAAGUACCAACAGCAAAAUCUCCCAAAAACAAAGACAUUGAUAAUCGAGUAAAUAUAUCUAAAACUAUUGAGAUUGAACCAUCUUUGACAAUGAAUAUUGAAAAUGGGAAUAUUACUAUAGUACCUGAUGGAAAAUAUACUAUAAGUUCAGGAAUAACAUUAAAGAAGAUGUCACCAAUUAAUAACAAAGUAAUGAAUAAAGAUUUUUCGCAAAUAAUUUUACUUUCACCAAAUAAAAAUAACAUACAACUAACUAGUCAAAACAACUUUUUAACAAAAUCUUUGGUAAAUGUUCCUAAUGAGUCAAAUAUUUUCCCAUCAUCAAAAAAUUCAUUUAGAAAUCAAUGUUAUUUACAAAAAAAUAGUUGUAAGUUAGAUGAAUCAUCUUUAAAUUUAAAACAAUUAAAUAAAUCUCCCUCUAUUACCACAAAAAAAGGAAAAGGUAGAAUUUUAAAAUCAGAAAAGAUACCACGAAAAGAUGGAAAAAAAAAUUCUACAACACGAUCUGUUCAAUCUUUACAAGGAAAAACAACGACACCGAAAUCAAAACAUAUCUGUCCCCCAAAAAGCAACAAUUUUAUAAAAAAUGGUACCUCAAACAAUUCGAAUAACAUAUUAUUUCGACCAAUCCCAGAAAAAUUUCUUAAACCAUCUAGUAUAUAA